GCGCAAUCAAGGCCCCACUGAGCAUGCAUACAUACACACGCACAAGUCUUUUAUUUCCAUCAGGCUAAUGACAGGUGUUCUUGUUGAACAUGUGUGGCGAUACCGGGAGAUGAUUACGUGGAGUCAAACAGUUUAGGCUCGUGGCGGGCGGCGGCAGCAGCAGUGACGUCAUGAGGCAGAGCCAGCAGGCUGUGGCUAGGCUGUGGAGCAGGCUGGGGACUGGUGCGCUGUGCUGCCUGUUCUUGGUAUCCGUGCUCACCUCAGCGUCUCACCACGACCACGAUCACGUGUUGUGUCGCUCCUGUGGUGCCGAACUCACAGAAAACUCACGGGACAACUUUGUGAACAUCUCCAGCCCACUGUCUGAGGCAUCCCAGCAGGUGACCAUCCUGGGACACCCCCACCUCAUGGUCCAGACCCUCAGGAACCCUGCCGACCUUGCUUUUGACUUGGUGACUGUCAGGAGGUCAGGCUGCUCAGGAGUGGGAGAGUGGUACGGUGAGCACAGCUGGUUCCCUGGAUACCUGUGGAAGGUUUGCAUCUGUCCCCGCUGCAGAGCACAUCUUGGCUGGAUAUUUGAACCUGAAACCAAAGCCAGCACAACCCACUUCAAAGCUUCCUCAGAGGGUUUCUAUGGGCUCAUUCUAGAGAAACUGAUCACUGAGAAAUUUUCAGACUCUCUCCUCAUUGGCCUUCCCAAGCACCAGCAGUAUUAGCACAAUGGCACAAGACGGGGAGGACAUGGUGCCUUUCGACCCCAAGCUUCUGGCUGAGCUGGAGGAGGAAGCAGCCUCUCGCUAUACUGAGGAGGAUAACCAGUUUACAGAGCACUGCAAGAAGAGCCUGCCUAAGCCGCCAAUACUCCCUGCUGACAGAUUUGACCGCAACAGACAGCGCAGAGGCAACUUUAGACAUCAAGACCACAGGAGAGAAGGAAGCUUCAGGGAUCAAGGGGAGUACAGAGGUCAUGGGAAUUAUAGGGAUCGUGGGAAUUAUAGGGAUCACAGGAGGGAAUAUUCUGACCACAGGCAAGGGAGGUUUGGCGGUGACCACAGAGAUUAUGAUGACAGCAGAAGGGAUAGUGAGAAGAGGAAGUAUAGGUCCGAGAGGGAGAGUGAUGAGUAUGGAAGAAGGGAUUACCAGUCCAGCAGAUACUACAAUGGUGGGGGGUCAUCCUAUUGAGUUUUGUGAAUCCAGUGGCUGGUAUAUUUAUCGUUCAUCAGGGACUUCACACAAGCUUCCACACCAUUAAUUCUUUGACCAUUACCAAAGGUUACUGACAUUUAAUUUAGAUUUAAAUGCCUGCCUGCUUGUCUCUUCAUAUCUUUCACAACAUACUCACCAUUCACUUGUAAACAUUUAGAUUUUUAUUGAAAAGGGAAGUGGAAAUAUUUUUGAGCAAGUUCCUUCAUCACAAGGCAACCAUCUAAUAAAAAGAAAGAAAAAUGGAAUCUAUGUUGGCAUUUCCUUGAUUGUUUUUGGUGUUAGUGUGUGACAUUCCAGAGUGACAGUACAAGUGUUAUCCCCACUACAAGUCAUGCACUAUAUAUAACAUCACUGAGUAUCUUUUCUCUCAUUUUGAUAUAAAUGUUUGUAACACUUUACAGUAUGCUAACUUUUAUGUGGACUUACUGUAAGAUUUUUAAAAGUAAAGUAUUUUUCCAA